AUUCUGUCACAAUUGAAUUAGUUGUAUAAAUUUUUUGACAAAAAGGCUAAUGUAAUGUAUUACAAUUUUUUGUAGGGGACUAAAAACAUUUUUUUUUUCCUUAAGGACUAACUAGAGUUACGUGUUUUUUGUGAGGGACCAAAACAAAACUUCACUUUUUUUUAAUGAAAAAUGCUUCAUUUAUUAUAUUUAUAAAUCAAUGUUUUAACUUUUAUUCCUCCAUUUAUUAUAUUUAUAAAAUAGUGGUCAUAACUCAAAAGGAGUAAGGACCAUAAGCAAACAGAAAAGUGUAUACUCAAAUCAUGUCUAUACCAUAGUUUCAUUUUCCUUUGAGUCAUAUUUUACAUCAUCAAAUUCAAACCAAAAAAAAAAAAAAAAGCAAAAAUCAAAAUCUUUUCAAACCCGAAAAAUGAUCAAUGAUGGUGUCAAUCAUCUUUCAAUUGACAAAUCUUUUAGAAUAAAGCAAGAUGAUAAAUUCUUCUCAAGGCUAAAGUCCAAGGAAGCUUCUAGUGCCAACACUUCAUCAAGAAUUAUGUAUUAUGGAGAAACAUCAAUUGCUAUUCCCUUUGUUUGGGAGGCACAACCUGGUACUCCUAAACAUCCUUUGUCUGAAACCUCUAUACCUCCCCUUACACCCCCACCUUCAUAUUUUUCCAAAAAAUCCAAAACCAACAAAAAAAGAAAACCUAAAAUCAAUAUUUUUUCAUGUAUUUUUCCAAAGUUGGUAGAUUCAAGGAAGACUACUCAUCCAUCAUCUACAUCAUCUUUGUCAACGUCCUCGUCAUCGUCAUCAUCGUCAACGUAUUCGUAUUCGAUGAGAGACAACAAUCAUGGAAGUUUCUCUUCCUCAUGUUCUUCAACAAAUGUUAGAGGUGCAAACAAAGGUAGAGGAUGCUAUCCUAUUGGGAAAAUUAUCAAGAAUGUAAGUGUUGAUCAUGGAGCAGGCUAAUUUGUGAAGGUAAUACCUUCAAAAAGAAAUUUAUUUUCUAAAUGGUGUACUAGUAAUUUUAAAUGUGGUUGUUUGAUUUGAUGAAUAUUAUGUUUGUUUAAAUGUGAUGGACAUAUAUAUUGAUUUCAUAUGCCAUCAUCAAGAUAAAAAAAUGUACAUGCUUUAUAUUAGAAUUAUCCUCUCCCCUGUAUUUUGUCAUGUGCCCUUCUUUUGCUUUUUUAUUUAUUUAUUUAUUUUAUAAUAUAAUCC